UUUAUCUAACUCUGUUCAUGCCUUUUGGUGGCGGUUCUUCCUACUUCUCCUCUCUUCUCUUCCCCGAUAUUGGAAAAAAAAAACAUAGACGCAGAGUUUCCGCCAUGAAAGAAGAUUACGAGAUUGAUGAGAAAAAGCAAGCUGCUGCUGAUGUAUUGUUUAACUAUUCAAAAUUUGUGAUGGCGUGCAUUGGAAAUCAAGUUCGACCUUGUGACUUGAGGUUGCAUCUAAUGAAGGAGAUUUCAGGUAUACCAACUUCUCUGAAGAAAGAUUCAGCCCAGAGAGCAGCUUCUCCUGAUGCAAUGGGCGAAUCAUCAAGCUCGGGUACAGCUAGACUUGAUAAAACAGACAGUUUUCGGGAUCGGGCGCUAUAGUUUGAAGUAGUGGCAGUUAUUUAUUUGAUAUUCAAGGCUAUCUGUCUUGUAUGGCUCCCUCGCCUCACCCUGGUUUCCCAUUCCCUUUAUGUAUGUAAUGUUCUCAUUUUACUUUGUGAUAUAGCAGAAUUUUACCUAUACUUGUGAUCAUAACUUGGGGUAGAUCUUGCUUCUCUCUUUCUCUGUUCGCUAAUGUUGUUGUCUCUAUGAUUACUUGAAUUUUUGGACACAAA